AUGACCGAGUAUGACAAUGCUUACAAUUGGGAAAAGACUUGGCUAAAUGCCGCUCCAAUGGAGCGUACUAGUGGCGCAAAGCAAAAGUUAGAACCACACUUUCAACAUAAACGUCAUUUUGAACAAAGCGAUUCAUACAAGUUGUGGGGUCCCGAGUCUCAGGCUAAAGAAACUGCAGAAGACCCUUUUUUCGUUAUUCAUGGUCAAAGUCAUUCGCAAAUUGCUUACCCAAAUAUCCUCUAUAAGCGUUCAAAAUCCGCACCUCGACAAAGGCAAAACUUAUCGCCAACGGAUGCACAAGUGCGAUCACCUCAAAGGCCAAAGUCAGACAGAUUGGUAGAGGUCAAAAAACCCGUAAAGCAGAACCAUAAAAAGCAUCAUUUAAAGCCUCGUACUCGAUCGAAAGGAAAAAAAACAAUUGAGAGUUGGCCAGAGUUAAAGUUAGAUAUUCCACUUGACUCACCACAACCAACUCCCCCCAAAAGAUCAGAGUAUCAACGAUCCUUUAGUCCACCACCUGCUUAUAUUUAUGGCCAAAAUAGACCGCACUCAGCAAAAAAUCAAGCUGAUACGAAGAGGAAAGAGAUAUCUGAGAAUAUGCAGACAAAGUCCGAGCCAGAAAAACGGCCUACCUACGUUUCAUCGUCUCCCUUGCGAACUAAAGAAUCUGUUCAAGCUCCCCAAAGUAAACAAGAUGACUCAAAACUCAAGCCACAUCGUAGGCGGCUGCAAUCAGAAUAUCAAGCAAAUUACAAGAAUCUCUCCGAUUAUACAAGUGUUGUAAAACUCCACAAUGAUGAGGCCAAACAGAAUCAACAACAAGUGGAGGGCUGUCAUUUCUCACGAAAAUAUUUCAAUCAACUUGAGUCGGCCAAUGUAAAUUUGUGGGAUCCUCCGAGCUCAUCACGAUCAGAAAUAGUCGGACUGGAUCCUGCAUUGAGAGCGAAACGGCUAAAGGAAUACAAGAUACCUCCCACAAGAAGUCGUUUGGACACAAGUCUGUCAGAUAGUCUUUUUAAAUUGCCGCGCCAAUCACUUCACUUGCCAUUUAAAUAUUCUGUAUCAUCACCAACGGCAAGAUAUGAGCCAAGUAAGUAUUCCCAUCAACCAUUGAAGACUGGAGAACCAAAAGUAAAAGUUUUGUCUUUGGAGAAAAUGGAUGAUCUAACUUGUACGCCAGAACACCACAUAUGCAACAGGGGUGGAAAUUUUUUGAUUUCCCAAACCCGAGCAGAAGAGACAAGUAUUCCACCGCCGCUGGUGCGACAGUCCAUCCACUGUCUUUCUCCGCCACUCGCUCGCAUUUCACCAGGUCCCAUUAGUUCUAGUCGCAGUUUAGCAGAACACACCUAUGAUCGCGCCCUGAGUCGCCGCAACAAGCUGCUAAUUUCGGCCUGUCGCAAUUAG